UAAAAAAAAGAAAAUAGAACACAAAAUAAUCACAAGCGCGCUCCCUCUGCAAUUCAAAUCCUAAUUCCCUAACCCUCUCCCACAUUCAAUUUUCAAAAUCCACCAUUCACAAACACUUUAAUCGAAGAAUCUUCAAUCUUUAUUGCUCUGUUACCUUUUCCGCGAGCCCAUUAUUUUUCUCGCGAUAUCCUUCGUCGUUUCAAUCGAUUAAAGCUGUCAUUUUUAAAAUUUGAAUUCGUUGAUUUUUUUGCCCGAAACGGUAAUUUGUUAGGAUCUCGAAUUCAAUUUGCAGAUCUUCUGAAUCAAUUUUCAGUUUUCAUUUCGCAUUAAUGGAUGGUGAGAAUUGUGUUCGGAUUCAGUGUUCAACUGGGCACAGAUCUGAACCAAAGAAAAGGGGAAUCAUGGAAGUCGAAGAAGCGUACGACAGUUCGCAGAAAAGAGUGAAAAUGCGCGACCUCGAAUCGGUUUUUCGCUCCGAAGCUCAAGCAGAAAGAGGAGAGACGAACACACCUCAUCCAUACAUAUGCGCCGAUUCAAGACCAAUUGAUCUUAACGCUAAUGUUGGUUCUGUUGAUGGUCUUAAAAAGGCCAAAGGCCUUGAUUUAGAUCUAAACGCCGAAGAUAUUUCCAGUUCGAUCAAUGACCCCUUCUACCCCUACAAGAAGUACGAAAAGUCAAGCCCGAUGGAUGAUUUCGAGUGUGGAAGUUCAGUGGGUCCGUUGGAAGAUAAAGAUUCGAUGAGAGUGUGGAAAGGGUUGAAACAAAACAACUACAUGUCUAACCACAGAGGCGUGCCCGUUUCGCUACCAAAGCCGCGUGGGAGGAAGAAAUUAAAUAGUCACAAUGAUGUAAUGAAGAAAAGAAUGGAACUUGCGAAGAAAGAACAGAUGGAUAGAUUUGCUAGGGUUGCAGCUCCGAGUGGUUUGCUUAACGGAUUGAAUCCCGGGAUUAUUAAUCAUGUGAGGAACAGUAAACAGGUUCACUCUAUUAUAGAAGCAUUAGUGAGAUCCGAAAGAAACGAAAAAGAACUUUCCGGAAGCAAGAAAGGCAAUCAAGAUUUGCGUAAUUCGGGAAUUUAUACGUCUGGACUCAGUCGUGAGGAGACGUUAUUAGGGAGAAGAAAGACGGGCGAUUAUGGUUUGUUUUCGAAAUCGGUUUACUCAAAUACUGAUUUUUCGAAGAUGCCUCCUUUACAAUGCAGCAUAGGAAAUAACGAGGAUGAUAAACUUGCGCUGAAGCUUUCGGUUGGAGCAGAGAAUAAUAGCUGUUUGUCGAAUGACGAAUCGGGAAAUCUUGGCAGCGUCGAUUCACUUUCCUUGAAAGCUGCUAAUGUAGCUUCCCAAUGGUUGGAACUUCUGAAUCAGGAUAUAAAGGGUCGUCUCGCAGCACUACGACGGAGCAAGAAAAGGGUCCGUUCCGUUAUUACCACAGAAUUACCGCUCCUAAUAUCGAGAGAAUUUUCGGCCAACUCACAGAAACCAGCUGCCGAUGAACACGCUGUUAGAUGGAGCACUCUCUUUUCACAGAUGGAUAAAUCACUAUCUGAAGAAGAGAUCCAAAUGGAAAGUUGGCUGAACCAAGUGAAGGAAAUGCAGCUGCAUUGUGAGAAGGGUCUAUAUAAAAAUAGUUUACUGCAGCAGAAAGCUCCAUUAGCAAAUGACAGCAGAUUAGGAGCAGUAGAUAACACGGAGAAUGACUUAGCUGUUAGAGCUGCAGCUGCUUCGAUAUAUUCGACUUGCAACUUCUUAUUAUUGACGGAAAACUUACCGUGUUGCUAAUCUAUUCUUAAUUUCGUUUAGUAUUAGCAUAAACUAAUCUAUUCUUCUAGGUGUUAUGCAAUCUCUUUGAUAGUUUAUGAGCAAUUUGUCAUUGUUAAAUGAGGUUUUAACCAUGUCCUGUCGGAAUAAUUUCGGUAACUGGAUUUCAUUAUUCAGUUUUUGUUUGUUUUGUUUUCUCUAGCAAAUUACGGCUGCCCCUGAGGUAAGCCCAAAUUACGAAAUAAUCCCUCC